AUGCCAAGCGACGACAAGAAAGCGGCCAAGAAGGUUGACGAUGGAAAUUACGAUAAGGAGGUGAUUUCGAAAUCGCCCAACCUGGAGAUCGCUCAACUGCGCUUCCUCGUCAAUCACCCUGAAUUGGACCCAACACUCAAGACCACCAACCUCGAGCAAUUGAUGGGCGAGAUUAAAGCCAACGACAUGGCCCCAUUCUACAAGUUGUUGGCCGAGGAGAUGCUGGCGUCUCAGCGAAUUGGGUCAACGGCCAAGGGGCUACUAGUCGGGUCCGGCCGCGGUGGGCCAGUCUUUUUGAGAUUGGUCAGUUCGAAGCGAGUGGAGAAGACGAAUUGGAAGCAAAAUGUCGUCUACUUGUAUCAGUUUCCGAAAACACCCUACCUACCAAAUCCGUCACCGUUUUGCCUGAAAAUCGAAACAUAUCUCCGGGCGAACAAUCUUAAGUACGAGGUAAUCUCUUCAUUUACGGCUCGGUCAGAGAAGGGAAAACUCCCAUUCAUUGAACUGAACGGCGAGCAGGUUUCCGACUCACAAAUCAUCAUUUGGCAUCUACAGAAGCAAUUCCAAGUUGAGGAUUCACUGAAAGGCGAACAAAGAGGGGUCGCUCGAGCUAUCGACAGAAUGCUGGACAUGAGCACCGUGAAUUGUUUAAAUCACGAACGAAUGGUAAACAAAGCUCAUCUCACACUGGCUCGAAACGUCUCCGGAUUGCCACUGCCCGGAUUUAUCACGAAUAUUUUAGCAAAACGAUUUGCUAAGGGGUCACAAUCAAAUAUCAACAAAAAAAUGGAUCGAUUGUCUGGAGAUGAGUUGAAAGAAGUGUUGAAACGCGAUGUUCAAGCGCUCGACGACGUUCUCGCGGACAAGAAGUUCCUCUUUGGCGAUCGAAUGACUGUAGCUGAUUGUACGACGUUUGGCCAUCUGGCAACCGCCUACUACUUGCCUUUCCGUCAACCCAUAACCGAUUUGCUUGAUGAGGAGCACCCGCGACUAAAAGACUACUUGAAUCGGAUCCGGGCUCACUACUGGCAAGAUUGGAAACUACCCGAGUAU